AUGAGUCUAAAAUAUUUGUUAAGUUUUAGAAACAUUAUAAUUCCUGUAGCAGUAAUAGUUUGUGCAAUAUUGUACCAUGAAGAUUUAACUUUAUAUUUCAAUACUUUUAAGACAGAAGUUAAAACAGGUGUAUAUUCAGAACAAGAAUUAGCACAAUUUAAUGGGAUUGAAAAAAGCAACCUUUAUUUAGCAGUUCUAGGUGUAGUUUUUGAUGUUACAAAAGGAAAGAAAUACUAUGAGAAAGGAAGUGGAUAUCAUUAUUUCGUAGGUAAAGAUGGUUCCCGAGCACUUGUCACAGGGGACUUUAAAGAUGAAAGUCAAGACAAGGAUCAUGUCAUGGAUUUAUCUUGCAAUGAGUUAUCUACAGUACUUCAUUGGAGGAAUACAUUUGAAAAAAAGUAUGAUGAAAUUGGUAUCUUGUCAGGAAGAUUUUAUGACAAUAAUGGAGAUGAGACUGCCUACACAAGAGAGUUGAAAAAUAAGUUAAAGCAGUGUGAUUUGGAGAAAGCAAAUACUAAGGAAGAGAAUUUGAAGUAUCCACCGUGUAACAUAGCUUGGAGUGAAGCAGAGGGCACUAAAGUCUGGUGCACAACUUCUAGUGGUGGUAUAAGAAGGAGUUGGACAGGAGUACCGAGGCAGCUGUAUUCUCCGGGAGUUGACAAGCCUCGCUGUAUAUGUUUAAAUCUGAAUGACAAAACUACUUCAUCGAGGCUUAUUACAGAGUACAAGAACUGCCCAGAAACAGCAACUACCUGUUUCAUAAUGACCUAA